AUGGAACUGUUUCGUGUGUCAACACCACACAUCUUCCAGAGUCAUGAAGCUUGCAAACUGUCAUUACUGAUAGCUACGGCCAUUGCAGUAGACUCAGGUUUCAUCAUAUUCGCUAUCUCGAUCGACCGAUACCGGCGUAUGUGUCAUCCGUUCAAUACGCAGCUAACGCCGAAGAUGGCGAAAACAGUGUCGGCCGCUAUUAUUGUCACCUCGUUGAUAUUUGUCUGGCCCUCGUGGAUCAUCUACGGCAUGAGGCGAACACCGACUCAGGACAACGAAACGAGCGGUGGCUGUGAGUGUGGCAUCGACCAAGUGAUGUUCAAUACAAUAUACCCACGACUGUUCUACUAUAUACUCCUUACACUUUCUGUUGUGCUUUUUUCCAUCAUCUUUCUUCUCUACUUUCUCAUUGCCAUCAAAGUAUGGCGCCACAAAAACAAACGCCGCCCAACACCGACGUCACUACCACCCGUCGGUCUCUCCACGGACGGAAAGGGAACAAGUAAUUCCGUACUGAAAAUCCCUUAUCUGCCAACGCUGGAGAGCGAAGUGUCAGUGGAUUCGUCUCGCACCCGUUUGAAACUUGACCGUUCUAAGCGUACCCGGAAGCAGCAGCAAGAAAAGUCCUCGAAAGGUUCCUUGGUACGCGUCAGCAGGACUUCUUCCAUCAUGGCGCUGAUUGCCGUCACGUGGGUACUUAGUUACAUGCCGCACGUGAUUCUCGUCAUGCUCGAGAUUCACAUCAAAGAGUUCCGUCAAGAGCUCAGUCCGACUGGUGACGUACUUUUCCAACUGGCUGUCCGCUCUUAUUUGCUCAACAACGCCGUCAACCCGAUCAUCUACGGUGUCUUCAAUAUACGGUUUCGACGAGAAAUUGGUCGCUUGAUCGGGUUCCUCGUUCCACCUUGCGCCAGGUCUAGUACGCCAGUGACGCAGCCGUCCAGUCAAAUGUGCAGUCAGCCGUCCAUGGAUGAAUGA